CUGAUUACCCCAUACAUAAAAGAAAAUUUUUUCAGGCACAUCAAUUUUGCAAUUGAACUUUGAAUUUCGCUCUGAUCAAAUUAGUUUCCAUAAACUUGUAAUUAGUGGCCAAGAGAUAUACACUUAAAGUGUUUUUAUUCAAACAAAAUGCCGCGAGACUACGACAGAGACUAUAAUGAGGACACCGCCGCUGAUUACAAGCGGAAGCGACGUGAUGAUGAGGCAGCCGGCGCCGGCAGCGCUGCAGACGCUCCCGAAGUGGAUGGCAGCCAUGGCCACACAACUAGUCACGCCCCAUUGCAUGACACGCCACAGUUGAAUGAAAAAACAAACGCGUACCUGCAAGAGUGCCUAAUGGAAAAGAAGACACUAGAGAAGAAACAUAUUAUAACAAAACGUCUACUGGACGAUGAAGUGGAAAAGAUUUUGGUCAGCGGUCGCAUUCCAAAGCCAGAGAUAUACGCGAAUGUGUAUAGCGAAAAACCGAUUAGGGUGGCCCAAAAAGUGCUGUUUCCCAUCAAAGAGUAUCCGAAAUUCAAUUUUGUCGGGAAGAUACUUGGUCCAAAGGGCAAUACACUGCGCCAGCUGCAAGAGGAAACGAUGUGCAAAAUGGUCGUCAUGGGACGCAAUUCGAUGCGCGACCAUGGCAAAGAGGAGGAGCUGCGCAGCUCCGGCAAUCCAAAGUAUGCCCAUCUCAGCAGAGAUCUGCACGUAGAGAUAUCGACAGUAGCGCCUCCAGCCGAGGCAUAUCAUCGCCUGGGAUAUGCCCUGUGCGAAAUACGCAAGUUUAUGAUACCUGACGCCAACGAUGACAUUCGUCUCGAACAGUUAAGAGAAAUGGACGGCAAGGAGCGCAUGUAUAAGAAAUCUCAUCACUAUUCCAAGUCCUAUGGAGAACAUGGCGGCUAUAGCACCCGCACACCACCGCCAGCCACAUCUAAGCCGAAGGUGUAUUCAAUUCUCGAAAAGGCCCGCUAUGUAAUGGACGAUCCCAAUUACGGAAUUGUCAAGGCUCAUAGAUCACGGGAUCAUGAGCUAUACGAUCACCAUGGAGAAUAUGAUCGAUAUGCGACGCCGCCUCCGCCCCAGUCGUCCAAGCAUUCGAGUCAUCAUGCCCAAUAUGCAGACAGCAGCUCGUAUGAGCGUGACUAUAGACGUGAGUAUCAUCCGCACUCGUCUUCCUCAUCCUACGCAGCGGCCUACACAGCAAAACCAAGCAACGGUCGUUCCUCAUCGUCAUAUAGACCCACAACAUCGAACUCGGGAUCACAUUCAUCGGCUCACUAUGAAACUGGAUCACGUUCUCGUGAAAGCGUGCGUUAUCGCUCGGCUCCAUAUCCAAAAAUGCGCUAAUUUAUGUCUCACAAUAAAUCAACCAACCAACCAACCAACCCAACCCAACCCAACCAACCAACCAACCAACAAAGUUAAGUAGUUUUUAUGCAGCAAUAAGAGCGGCAAAAAUCCCAAGCUAAAAAAAAAAAA